AUGAGAGUCGGCGGAGGAUUUUACAAAGGCACUAACACAGAACAAACACCAUACUUUGGUGACAAGGAAAAAAAAUUAAUCGAAAAAAUGGUAUGGCCUGAAAUAUACAAUAAGAAGAUAGACUUAACAAAAAUAAAUUUAGAUGUUGUAGAAAAAUGGAUUCACAGAAGACUUAUUGAAAUCUUAGGAUUUGAGGACGAUAUACUCUACGAGUACUGUAUGUCCCAACUUCGCCAUGAAAAAGAAAAUAUCGACGAUGAUAAUGAUAACUUUCUAAACUCAAAAAGACUGAAAAUAAAUCUCACGGGCUUCAUUGGAAACAAGAAAAGCGAAAUUUUUGUCCAAGAGCUGCUGGAACUGCUUAUAUCGAACGAACAGAAUGAGCAUGGAAUUUUGAAUUCCGAAAUUGAAAAUAAAAAAAUCGAAAUGGAACAAAUCAAAAAUGAAAAUGAACUUUUGAAAAUAAAUAUUCAAAAUAUAAGAAGUAUAUACAACGAAACUGAAGAUCAGAAAAGUCACACACCUAUCAAAGACACAGAGGAAAAACACGAGGAUCGAAGAAAGCAGGUUGAUAGUGAUUCAAUAAAUCGUAGUGACAAUGAUUAUAACAAGAGAAAAAAAAAAAAAGCUAAACAUUCUAGUUCUGCAUCUGAUUAUUCAUCCUCUACAGGAUCCAAGUCUGAUAGAUGUACAAAUUAUAAAACUCGUAAAAAUAAAAAGUACACCAAAAGGGUAAAACACCGUAGAAAACACAUAUCCAGCCAUGCAACUUCUGAUGAGUAUACCUCGUCGGAUGCGAACACUUCAGAAUAUAAUAAUAAAAAAAAAAGAAAUUAUAAAAAUAAUUCAAAUAUAAGCGUAGACAAUGAUAGCUCGGAAAGGAAAAGCAUAGAUAGAUAUUAUGGAAAAGGGGACUUGCGUAGAGACAGACACAGAAGUAGAAAUAGGGAGAAAAGUAGAGACAGGUACAGAAGCAGAAACAGAGAAAAAAGUAGAGACAGGUACAGAAGCAGAAACAGAGAGAAAAGUAGAGACAGGUACAGAAGCAGAAACAGAGAGAAAAGUAGAGACAGGUACAGAAGCAGAAACAGAGAGAAAAGUAGAGAAAGGCACAGAAGUAGAAACAGAGAGAAAAGUAGAGAAAGGCACAGAAGCAGAAACAAAGGGAAAAGUUCAUAUAGGGAGAGAUAUGCGCAUAGGAAGUCUAAUGAAGACAUCGAUAGACACAGAAAGAUACGUAGAAGGCAAUCCAGUGAUAUCACCUCCGAUGUAACUUCGAGCAAUUCAUUCAGCAGUAGCAUCGAGAUGGAUUAUACAACAAAGGGGAAGAGAGGUAAGAAAGAAGGGCAUCAAAUGGAUGCCAGUAUAACAAACUCGGAAGGAAAAAGUAGUUCACCGUCCAUUUCAUCAUCCGCUUCAGGAAUUGCAAAGUGUAAACAUAGAAGAGAAAUGGAUACUGAGAAUAAUAGAACUAGCAGAGGUUUCAUGAAAAAAAAAGACAGUGACAGCACCCGAAAGUCAUCCAAAGAUUCCAAUAUAAAAGAAAUAGAUAACAUAAUGAAAAAGAAAAGUUAUAAAAGUCUGAAAAAAAAGUUACGAGCUUGGUCUUCAUCAGAAAGUGAAAACGGGGUUGACGUGCGGACGUAG